GGUUGUGGCCACACUGACACGUAUUUUUCAAAGAAAUCAUCGUUUAUUCUUGCGGUGGCGGGGCCGAACACAUUUAUUUAUUUUUUAUUUUGUCAGCAAGCUUUUCCCCAGCACGUACCCAGGGAAGCAGCCUGGAAGAGCUCAUCCGCCGGGUUUGGAAGUCAAGGCUAAGCGGCUCAGGAAGCCGGCAUCUGCAGCGUCCUUCCUCCAGUGUUCUGAGGACUGUCGCGUCCUGUAACUACCGGUGUGCACAGAACCCACUCAAGGAACGUCUUGGCCCAGAGAUGCAAAGAACUGAAGUUUCAAGCUGGAAGAACCUGUGUUGUCUUCAUAAUAGUAUAGAAUUCUAGAUAGGAGAAAGAGCAGCGAAUGAAGACUUUAAAAGAAAAGAAGAAGGAACACCAAAGAUUGAGAAAAUCUGCCAAGACUAGGAGGAUAACCCAGAGGAAGCCAUCUUCAGGGCCUGUUUGCCUGCUAUGCCUUCGAGAGCCUGGGGAUCCCGAAAAAUUAGGGGAAUUUCUUCAGAAAGACAAUCUCAGCGUGCAUUAUUUCUGCCUUAUCCUAUCUAGCAAGCUGCUUCAAAGGGGCCAGUCCAACAGAGGUCUCCAUGGAUUCCUGCCUGAAGACAUCAAAAAGGAGGCAGCCCGAGCUUCUAGGAAGAUCUGCUUUGUGUGCAAGAAAAAGGGAGCUGCUAUCAACUGCCAAAAGGAUCACUGUGUCAGAAACUUCCAUCUGCCUUGUGGCCAAGAAAGGGGUUGCCUUUCACAAUUUUUUGGAGAGUACAAAUCAUUUUGUGGAAAACAUCGCCCAGCACAGGACAUCCAACAGAGGAAUGUGAGGCAGGAAAGCUGCAUCUUGUGUUGUGAAGACUUAUCCCAGGAGAGUAUUGAGAACAUCCAGAGCCCGUGUUGUAGUCAAGCUAUCUACCACCGCAAGUGCAUACAGAAAUAUGCCCAUACAUCAGCAAAGCAUUUCUUCAAAUGUCCACAGUGUAAUAAUCGAAAAGAGUUUCCCCAAGAAAUGCUGAGAAUGGGAAUUCAUAUUCCAGACAGAGAUGCUGCCUGGGAACUCGAGCCAGGGGCUUUUUCAGAGUUGUAUCAGCGCUAUCAGCAUUGUGAUGCCCCUACCUGUCUGUACAAACAAGGCAGAGACAGCUUUGAAGAUGAAGGGAGGUGGUGCCUCAUUCUGUGUGCUACAUGUGGAUCCCAUGGAACCCAUGAGGGCUGUUCCUCUCCUAGAUCCAACAGUAAGAAAUGGGAAUGUGAGGAGUGUUCACCUGCUUUGGCCACAGACUACAUACCUGAAAAUUCAGGUGACGUCCCCCACUGUAACAGCAUCUUCCACCCUGAGGAGGAUUUCUGCAGAGACACCAGCCUGGAAGAGAAUCCAGGUCCUUCUUGGACAGAUUCACCAAGACCUUCUUUAUUAGAAAAGCCAGAGUCUUCUGGGGGCAGUAGGGGCCACUCCUGGCGGUCCAAGGGUGUCAAAAGCACUAAGAGCUGCAAAAAAUUCAAGUAACAGCAUCUGAGUAGCUGCUGCCCUAUGUAAUUGGUAUGAAGCUGCACUCCUCUAUAAGGUUUAGGGGAGGGAGCAUUCUGGGACUGAGACAAGGAAAAGGGGCCAGUAGUGAGACUAUGAGUCAAAGAAAAAGCAGUCCCGGGGGAGUAUGAGGAGAGAGCAGAGUCCAGAGGCCAACAAAGAAAUGUGUUUGUGGCUACCGGAGUGCCUCUGCUCUUUCUCCUGUAUUCCCAGAGGGCCCUUUCUUCUUGUUUUCUACCUUAAUCUGGUUCUCGUAUGCUUCUACUUGCUUCAUCCACAUUUGUCGUUAAGCAAAUAAAGGUUUUCUCUCCA